AUGGAUCUCGAUUGGCCACCCCUCCAAGGGGAGCUAAUGACGAAGCUGAAAUCAUGCUUUACAAGCCCCCGGCAGCUGCAUUACGAUUUUGACGAUGACAGAGGUGCACGCAGAUUGGUGGAGAUACUGUUGCCAGGGAUGGGGGCAAGUAAUCUUCAGCUUGCAGUCGACCAGCUUGUCAAAUGGCAUAAGGAAGGUGCAGGCGUCGUGGCACACGCCAAGCGAGUAGCGAGAGCGGGUUUGAUGGAGAGUUUGGUGGGGCAGCAUACCGGUUCUGCUUCGGCCACAUCUGAAGCAUUCGAUAGACUUGCGCACAGCAACCCUCUUUCGCUGCUGCCUGCAAUUGAAAGGGCCAGAAAGGCCAGGGAGAAUAGUGUGGACCCAUCAAAGAGGGCGGCUGAGGAGAAGGCCGCCAAAGCAAAGUACGCCAUACUCUUGUAUAAUAUCCUGGUUGAAGCGAAGACACCAAUAGUGGAGAUCUUGAAAGAAGUCGCUGAUCCCGAAGAGGCAUGUGAGGGUGCAGGAAAGACGACCAUAGAUGCUUUUGCGGCAGCGCUUUCUGUUCUGGAACAGGUCGGACGCGUCGGGGAAGGUGAUAUGCUGUCUAGGGAUCCUACAUGGGUGUCGUACAGCAAGAAUGUCACUGCCGAGCUGGUGGAAAAGGGGCCAGUGCCGCAUCAGGCGGCGCAGCCUACGGUAGCUAUGGCGCUUUCACUUGAGCUGUACGUGUUUGACGAAGAUAGAGCGAGAUACGCAAGAGCGAUGGCUUUUGUUGCACUGCUGAUGCUUUGGGGAAGCAUGAGGUCAGAUGAUGUUCAGUGCAUGAGGCCAGAGAGCAUGCGGCUCACGAUAGAGGGUCUUUCUUGCAAGCUUUGGAAGACCAAGACGACGGGUCCAGAUCGGAGGAUCAACAUGGUGCAGGUCUUCAUAUCCCGCAAGGCCAGUUUCUCUGGUUUGGAUUGGAUGAAAAAGGGACAUGAGAUUUGGUCAGAGAUUGAAUACAAGAGGGAUUUCUUGGUUUUGCAAGCUUCAGACGAUUGGGAAACGUGUGGCAACAAAGGGGUGGAUGCCUCUGCUGUGUCACUCUAUGUGCGCAAGAUCUACAAGGAGCUUUGUGUUCCACGCUGGGCCGAGGGCCGCUGGAUACAGAACAAAGAGCGUCUUUUGCUUCCGGGAGAUUGCGCAUUACAUUUCUCUGGGCACUCUGCAAGAAACUUCCUCACGUCGAUUGCUGCUGCCAUCAGGGUACCUAAGGACGACAGAGACUUCCUCGGCCGAUGGAAGGUCGGUGGAGGGGGUUCGGCUGACUACACGAGGACAGCUCGGCAGAUAGUACAUCGCAUCCAGGAGCAGGGGAACCCCCGGCUUGGCGGGCGCUACCCGCCUCUCUACAUGCAGAGCAUCCCUGGGCCACACGUGAUCGCAGAGGAGGCGGAUGAGGACCAGCGUGAGUCGGCAGCCGCUCCUAAGGAAGAGGCCAAGUAUUUCAUUAGUGUCAGCAAGAAGACAGGGCGCCGCUUGCCCAGACCAGGGAUGGGGGUGACUGAAGCAGAGAUGCGUGAGAGAGUCAGCGGAGUCGAUGCUGAUUUGCAAUAUGUCUUGCAGGAGGCCGGGGCUUCCCUCGCCACACAAUAUGCCGUGUGCAACGUGCAUACCACGCUUCGCAGAUUCCAGGCUAUCGCCGAUGAUCGUGCUGGUUCGCGCACGGCUGCGAACACAGACGUUGGAGUGCCAGCGGAUACCCCAGCAGGGCGCCAGCAGACGGCUGCCAUAGUGGCAGCGUGGGAACUCGCUAAAGAGAUUAGCUCGAAAGAAAUAGAACUCCGUGCAGAGGCCCGUGCGCUCAAUCAGCCCAGGAUUUUGCAGACCCAAGAAAGGCAGGCAAUGAUGCGUGCGGUUUCGGCUGCUUAUGGCAAGCUCAACGAGGCUGAGACACCAAGCGCUGAGUACUUGGCAUUGAAAGCAGAAGAGACAGAGCAGAAUGAGCCAACAGCAGCCCAGCUUGACACCAUCACGUCGAAGCGUGACUCUCAGACUGCCACCAUCCAAUCUAGUGUCGAUCCUGCAGGACACUUGCGAAUCACGAAAACCAAACAGAAAGUCGAGAUGCCUCAGAAUUCUGAAGCCUAUCGGAGGGUCUUGAAGAUUGAGGGUUAUGCUUGGUUGGCUAUGCAGUCAAGGUAUAAAUCCAAAACUUGGCUGCAGGGCUUGACGAUGGCAGACUUCACCAAAUUCGUCGACUACAUCCUCGGUGAGCGGGUCGCUGGCCUCAGGUUGGAACAGGCUACGGGCUAUGACAACAGUCAAAAUGCACUUUUCCGUCCCCCUUGGGGGAUCGUACUUCGCUAUGAGUACAAGUUGAGGAAAGAGGCUUUCAGGCUUGUCAACGACGAGGGCCAGACGCUUCAAGAUGCCUUAACCGCUGUGACUAAAGAUUGUGAGCUUAAGGAAGUCCACUUUGUCACGCCUCUCACGUUGACCGCUUUCCCCAUGCCAUCCAAGUGGACACGCAAGGGGGAGAAAGGGGAGAAGGGGGGCAAAGGCAAGGACCCCAGGACACCCGAUGGCAAGGAUAUCUGUUUCGCAUACAACAAUCAGGGUUGCCAGGGCAACUGUGGGAGCUGUCGCAAGGCAACGGCAAAGCCGAGUGACGGAGGCUGCUUUGUGCUUGAGAGCCCUGAGGACCUGGGUGGUGAGCGGCUUCAGCUCCCGCCGUACAGCUUGUGGCCCACCUUUGUCGUGAUUGGAAUACGGCCUCCUCUGUCAAGUGGCCGGCGGCUCUGUGUGAUCACCUCCUGCAUUCCAUCCUUCCUUCGGUGCUGCGCACAAGGGGAGACGCAGGAAGGAAUGGUGGCCCACCGGUGUCAGCUCGUGACCCCGGAAGGCCGCAUCCCGAGCUCUUUCUCCACGGGUGCCUACAACAAGGGAGGCUUGACAGGCCUGAGGAAGGCAUGCCACGACUUCCCGCUGGCCACCAAGUGCUUGGUCCGUUUUGUUCGGAGUGUGCGUCCUUUCCAUCCUUUCAGCACCAUCAGCAUCUAUGACAAUGUGUGCACUGCCCUCCACAAGGACAGCCGUAAUGCUUGCUGCGAGAACUUGAUAAUCCCUCUUACCCAGUUUUCCGGGGGCGAGUUGUGGCUGCAACAAGACAAUGGUGCUAUACCACAGACCUUUGGAGGCUCUGAAGUGUUUGGGACGGCCAUGCCGAUUCCCCCCGAAGGCCUCUGCUUCGAUGCCCGUGGCAUCUUGCAUUGCACCAUGCCUUGGAAGGGCCGCCGACUGAUUGUCGUUGCAUUCACGGUGUCGAAGACUGAGGAGCUGAAGAAAUCGGAUGCACAGCUUCUUGAGGACCUUGGAAUCAACUGCCCUGCAGGCAGUCAGCUGGACCCGCCGGCUGGUGGAGUGGACCAGCAAGCAGAUGAUGUCUUCAGACCAGAGCUUUGUGGCAACUUCGGAAAUCCCUUGAUGCUGGAGUGGGACGGGAGAGAGUCGCCUAUCACUGACGGCUAUGGUCUUUGUUCCCCAACGCGUUGGCAUCCUGCCUCCCGUGGAGCAUCGCUACCAAAGCAAUCAAAGGACCUGUCAAGACGCUUGAAUGGCUUGGUGCAGCAGUUUGUCGCAGAGCAGGUGCCAGACUGCCAAUUGUUAGAACUCAAGUUGGCCACCGGGCAGAUUCUGGAAUCGCCUUUCGAUGAAGGUGCGAUGCGACGCCUUCGCGAGGACUGGGCUGCACUUGUAUGUGAGACUGACGGAGCCAAACACGAAGGUUUGCUGGAAGUUCCUGAUCCACAGCCUUUCUAUCUUCGGUUGCUCUCGCACACGUCACGCUUGCUGGAAGACCCGGACUGGAAAAUCUUGACAGAAGGCGAGGAGUGCUUUGAGAAAGGUGUUCCAUUGGGCUAUGACGAGACCAUACCUAGGGUGCCGCAGGUUUUCGAUCGGAAGGUCAAGUGGCGAAAACUUGAUGAGAGCACUUUUGAGGCUGUCAAAGAAAAUUACCAGAGCGCGAAGCUCACCGUGCAAGAGAUGGAGCUGAAGUUCAGGGAGGAAGAGAAGUUGGGACGGAUGUACCCGACCACUUACUCCGCUUUGGCAGCCGAGCACGGAGCUGACAGGGUGCGCAUAGCAGCGAUGGGAGCGGUCGCCAAACCAGACGGCAGCGUCCGUCCCCUACACAAUGGUACCCGUGGGGUGAAGGUCAACAAUGGCAUUCGGCUGCUGAACCAGACGGCCACACCUGGCCCUGCUGAAGUGGCACACGCUGUGAGCUCUGCUAAACGAUCGCGCGAGGCUGCCUUUGGAAUCUCAGCUGACGUUAGUGCGGCUCACCGACUUGUCAAGCACAGGCGUCGGGACCACCCCUUGAUGGCAUGCAAAGCAGACUCUACAAGCACUGUCGUUUGGGUUAAUGUUGUAGGAACAUUCGGACUGAGUGUCGCUUCAUUUUGGUGGAGCAGAUUGUUCGGACUCGUGGGAAGGACAGUCGCCAGAGCAAUGCUUCAGGAAUGGUUCUAUCAACUUUGCUUCGUGGACGACAUCCACGGUGUGUUCACUGGAGCACAGAAGUUCCGAAAUCUGGUGAUGUGGUUCGUCUUGUAUCUUGCCUUAGGGACCCCUUUCUCCUUUAAGAAGUUUCGGGGAGGUUUUAAGGUUCCCUUCGUGGGCUUUGAGCUCGACUACCGUUCUUGGCAAGUUGGCAUGUCGGACUCUCGAGGAGCUUGGAUCGUUUCAUGGAUCAAAGAUGCUAGGACCAAACGCUUCGUGGUUCAGGAUAGUGGUUUGGGUCAAGCCUCACCUUGCUCCCCUGUAUGCGUGGGCAUCAGCGGUGUCCCGGAGCACCGUCGCCAAGUUACUUGGACCGUCAUCUUGACACUCCUUUACUUGGAAAGAACGCUUGACGAAUUCACCUUUAAGGUGAACCCCUGCCGCAAGCCUAAACACCAGGUCGCGGGUUUCAGGACAGACGCAAAGUGUGCCGACGGAUUCGUCGUGUUGGCCGGUUGGGAGUUAAGUGAUGACACUAAGACUUCUAAGUGGUUUUCGCUGCGCUUGACACCGGGUGAUGCACCGUACUUGUUUGAUCAGGAGGGUAAAUCACAAUGGGCAUCAGGCUCAGCAGAACUGCUGGCAACAUUGGCGGCUCUUCACAUUUUCGGAUACUUGACAGCCUCUGUGGACAGAAAGGAAUUGGACAUUGAGUGCGCUGCGGACACAGACAAUCAGGGCAACUCGAGAUUGCUCAAGAAGGGGUCAUCAACAAAGUGGCCACUCAUGUUGAUCAACAUGCAGUUGUCUGACUUGCUUUUUCGCUCUUCCUUGAAGCUCCUCCUACGGUGGAGGCCGCGCGAUGAGAAUCAGUACGCAGACCAACUUACCAACGAGAUUUUCACCAACUUCUCGGACGAACAUCGCAUUGCAUGCACAUACUCGGAUUUGCCCCUUUCGCUUCUGCAUCAGUUGUGGGAGACCAAAGAAAGCUUCGACUCAGCACGAAGGGCUCAGGCCGUGCUGCAACAGGAUGCCUCGGGGCAUCGUCCUCAGAAGAGGAAGGCAGAGAAGACUCCUUGGUAG